UUUUGAUUCUAUACCCCAGGAUGAUUCUGUUACCGUCACGGAUAACAAAAAUUUCAAUAUUGAUUCCUUUAGACGUCUUCAUCUCAAAGAUAUGUCACAAAUAAAAUUCGGCAUUCCAGUGUCAACUUCUUUUGUUUAUCAACCUCUAAAUUAUCUCAUUUUCUUGAGACGCCUCAUAACUCAUUUGUUUCUUACACUAUUUUUCAAUUGGACCUUUCCACUUGUAAACCCUUUGAAUUUUGUUUUUACAUUUGUCACUUUUCCAGUGUUAGCGAUUGUUUUUUUCUUUGUUGAAAUUGUCUUUAGAAUAGCCAAUCGGAUCCGAUCACUUUCAAAAACUACCGAAGCUGAUGCAAUUGAUCUGUGGAAAUCGUUGAGCAGCUAUCCUGUUGAGAAAAACUUACGAAAAGGCUUUAAUUCAUUGGAUAGAGAUGUGGACGAUCCAAACUCUCCAGAAUUUAAUCUAAACAGAGCCGAGUUUUUACUGUGGACAUCUACUAUAUUGUAUUCACGUGAUGAACACUUGGUCGCCGAAGCUUACAAGAAGAUUGUCAAGCUUAAAAGUAACACUAGUACUCAAGAAGUUCAACAGAUUAUCGAGUUAGUUGAUAAAAGUGAGGAUCCUGUUCACAGACAAGCGGCAUAUUUUGGUUUAAAGUUUACAUCUUUAACUGAAUGUAACAGCGUGGGUGGGCCUUACGGGGGAAUUUUCUGGAGCGAAUAUCAUAAUUUCAUUAUCUUGUCCUUUAAAGGAUCCGAUGUGCUUUCUCUCACACAGUGGUUAACAAACUUUAGCUUUCAACGAAUGGACGCCCGACCUUUUCUUUUUGGUGAAGUUCACGAAGGGUUCUACACUUCUCUUUUUCCUGAUAACACUGACGAAUCUGUAAAAUUUAAAAAUCAAUGUCCAGCUGUAAGAUUGACUGAUGCUAUAAAAAGAAAAGCUGCAGAAAUUUAUAGUAAAACACAUAAACCAGUCAAUCUUUGGCUUUCUGGUCAUAGUCUUGGUGCGGCCUUAGCCAUCUUAAUGUACGUCAGGAUUUUUGCGUCACCCGAUUCAGUGGGUGAGAAUGUUAACCUUCGUGAUGCAUACCUAUUUGCUUGUCCUUAUGUCGGAGACAAUGAUUUUGCAUCCGGUUACAAGUUUUUGGAGAACCAACCAAAAAACGCAACAAAAAACUUGUGGAGGAUUAUAAACGAUA